GAUUUUAUAUACAUUAAACAACAUCGUUAGUUAAAACAUUUAUAACUCAAGAACGAGUAGACAGAUUUGGAUGAUCUAUAAUCUGUUGGAUUCGUCUCCGCUUGGAAUAGCAGAGUCAAUAUUAAAAUAUCAAAAAUUAUAACAUUAAGAGUGUUAAAUAGUAAAUAAAAUUAUGUAUAGAGUCAAUAAUAGUUAUAGCUAAAUAAUUGCUUCCCAGAUGGCGCAACAGUGCAUGUCGCCAAGGUAAAUGAACAACUCUUAUUGCAAGCUAUAGAUAAUAUCGGAGUUUUCAUAUUGAUAACAAUAAAGAUAACAUAUAUUUUCAUAAACAACCCGAAACAUACAAAAUUACAUUUAAUCUGUAAAAAGCAACGGAAUUAAUUUAACAAUUAAUAUUUGUCUUUAUUAUUUGGUUGUUUAAUACUUUUACAAAAAUAUAAAAAUUCAAAACAACACGGAAUAAAAUUUCAGUUUUAUUCGCGCUAUUGAUGAUAAAUACAUUCAUUCAUUUAUUUCAUUCAUUUGAAUUAAAUCUUCAGUAUGUUUUUGUACUCAAAAUUAAUGAUGUUAUUCAGUUUCAUUUAUAUUCAUUCCAAGUUUACAAUGGCGCAGCCUGGUGAAUUAUCACGUUAUUGCCCCUAUGACCAGAAGAGAUAUAUACUGCAAGUUAGAGCCAAGGUAAACUUCUUCACCGCUUUACAAACAUGUCGAGACAGAGGACAACGUCUCGCCAAUGUUCUCACACCAGGGGAAAAUGAUUGUCUUGGUGGAUUAAUCAGUGAUACAACAUUUAACGAGAAUCGUUUUUGGAUAUCCGGCUCCGACCUGAACAAUCCUGGCGUGUAUGUUUGGGAGUCGACAGGACAACCUGUACGCUACACAAAUUGGUAUCCAGGCCAACCAACACACACUGUUUCUCCAACUGGGGAAGUACAACAUUGUAUCGAAGUUCUUUUCAACCCGCAUGGUUAUCUUCAAUGGGCAGAUGCGCUAUGUUCAGCGCAACAUUUCUUCGUCUGCGAAGAUUAACAAUGCAAACAUUAAAUAUUGUUACUUUUAUACACGAUAAUAUAGGCAACCAAACAAA